GACAGUCCCUCAGACAGAGACACAACUUCUCUUCUCCUUUGUCUCACUUCUCUCCUCCUCACUCUUCUUCUCCAAACUUCUCGCUCUUGUUUCUUUUUUUACGCGUAAAACUCCUGGAGAGCUGUGGACUGCGCCCUCCCCCCCUCCUCCUUCCUCCUCGUCUUGUUCCUCCUCCGUGCGUAAUCAGCUGGACAGUUUGGAAACUUGUGAUGUGGAGAAAUCUCACUUUAUUCCUGACACCUGUUGCUGAGUGAGGACGCGGGGGCGCACAGAGCCGUGCACACCGAGGAGGAGAGGAGCGUGUGCACCGACACUCAUCGUCUGGCUUCACUUCUACGUGUGUGCGCGACAGUUUUGGGGACUCUCGUGGACGCGGACAGGUCCACGGGCCACCGGAGGCUGCGUUCACACAUCUGCUCAUUCCCUAAAGUGGACUUUUUUCUGAGUCUUCGGUGCGUGUUGCGUAGUAAAAGUCGUGUUUUGAAGAAAGUGGACACUUGGAAGAAGUUGUGUGUGCGCUGUGCUCCAGGCUGCUGCUGCUGCUGCUGUGGGGUCUGUCUGAAGGGUUCCCCCCCCCCCUCCUUUCAAUGAAAACACCGACCUGUGUGCAGUUUCCCAGCCGGGCAGGGAGUCACACUUUUCGGACUUGAGAGCUGUGGAUGGUGGGAAGAGGACUUGUCCUUGGAGAGCUGAGGAACAACUGGAUUUACGCACAGCAGACCAGGUUGGGUGCUGACUACAGCAGACUUUAGGACAGAGGCACAGUUUUUCCUCUGCUCCUCCCCUCACUGUUCGCUGACUGCACCAGCCCUAAACCACGGAGCGUUUCCCCAAACACCGGCUGUGAGGCGGUGACGCAGCGGACCAUGGACAACAGGCCUGUCCGGAGAAGGAGAACCGGUGCUGUCCGACAUCUGCUGCUGGCAGCCGCCUUCCUCGCCUGCAGCUCCCAACUGCUGGUGGUGGAUGCCAACUCGUGGUGGUCACUAGCUCUGACCCCGAUCCAGCGGCCGGAGAUGUACAUCAUCGGAGCUCAGCCUCUCUGCAGUCAGCUGUCUGGACUCUCUCAGGGCCAGAGGAAGCUCUGCCAGCUGUACCAGGACCACAUGAUCCACAUCGGGGACGGAGCCAAGACUGGAAUCAAGGAGUGCCAGUACCAGUUCAGACAGAGGAGGUGGAACUGCAGCACCGUGGACAACACAUCUGUGUUCGGACGAGUCAUGCAGAUCGGCUCCAGGGAAACGGCCUUCACCUACGCCAUAAGCGCGGCCGGCGUGGUCAACGCCAUCAGCCGGGCGUGCCGCGAGGGUGAGCUCUCCACCUGCGGCUGCAGCCGGGCCGCACGACCCCGUGACCUCCCCCGCGACUGGCUGUGGGGCGGCUGCGGCGACAACGUUCACUACGGCUACCGGUUCGCGCGCGAGUUCGUGGACGCAAGGGAGAGGGAGAAGAAUUACCCACGCGGGUCAGCUGAGCACGCCCGCACAAUGAUGAACGUGCAGAACAACGAAGCAGGGAGACAGGCCGUCUAUAACCUCGCCAACGUGGCCUGUAAGUGUCACGGAGUGUCGGGCUCCUGCAGCCUGAAGACCUGUUGGCUCCAGCUGGCCGACUUCAGACGUGUCGGGGAAUUUCUGAAGGAGAAGUACGACAGUGCCGCUGCCAUGCGCAUCGGACGCAAGGGAAAGCUGGAGCAGGUCGACAAGCGCUUCAACACCCCGACCCCGGAGGACCUGGUCUACAUCGACCCCAGCCCGGACUACUGCCUCCGUAACGAGACCACGGGCUCCCUGGGCACGCAGGGCCGCCUCUGCAACAAAACCUCAGAGGGCAUGGACGGCUGCGAGCUGAUGUGCUGCGGCCGAGGGUACGACCAGUUCAAGACCUACAAGCACGAGCGCUGCCACUGCAAGUUCCACUGGUGCUGCUACGUCAAGUGCAAGCGCUGCACAACGCUCGUGGACCAGUUUGUGUGUAAAUAGUGCACAUGACGGACAGCGGGCAGAAGGACGGACGGGGGUGGAAAAGGAGGAGAGGGGGGGGAACAGUGGUGGGAUGAUGGAGGGUGACGGAUCCAGGAGGGUGAUUUUUCAGGGUUUUGUUUCGGAUGAGUCGAGACGAUAAGUUCCAUUAUCUGACAAAGCUGCUCUUAUCUUUUUAUUUCCUUCUCGCCUCCGAUGAGAAAACACUUUUUCACAUGCAGUUGCAGAAGCUGCUGUGUGGCCAUGUUUGUGUGUGUGUGUGUGUGUGUGUGUGUGUGUGUGUGUGUGUGAACCGCCGAAUGAGAGAUGGAUCGAAGAGGAUGAACUGGACGUCUUCCACGCUUUUUCACGACGGCUCUCUGAGAUUCUGGUUUUCCCAUCACUCCUGUCAUCACUACAUCCCGAUCACAACCCUGAAGGAUGGAGGGAAGGAAAGGGAGGACAAAGAAAAAGAAUGAUUAGCAAAGGGCUGAUGGACUUGCAGGUGAAGGUGGAACAACUGGACCCUAAAAAAAAAGAAGGGACACAUAUAACUAGUCGAUGAGGAAAUGAUAAAUAAAUAUAUGAUUUAAUAAUAAAUAAAAAUACAUAUCUGUUUGUUAUUUAAAAAAGACUUGAGCGAGCCCCAGACACCGUUUGGAGCCACAAAACUCACUUCACGUGUUUGGGUAUUGAACCUUUUUAGUGCUGACUGCGGUGUCCCCUCUGUGUGUGCGCUUCUAGCACCAUUUUGACCUUUGACCCCGCAAGAAAAAUCCUCACACACACGUGACGUGCGUUGUGCUGAGGUUGCCAGACUCACCUGUUCGGGUAUGCAGAAAAAUCCAGAGUGCGUCGGACAGAAGGGAGAAAACAAGAGGAGUCGCUUAUUGGGCGGCGGGGGGGGGGACAAACGUGAAAUGGAGGGAAUAAUGAAAAGAGGGAAAAGACAAAUGAAUUUAAAAGAAGGACAAGAAAGCAGCUGAUCUCCACAUCAAACUGGACCAAUGACGUACAGUGCACGCUCUCCAUGUCAGCUCCUCCUCACCAGAGAGCAGAUUCCCGACAAGUGGGCCGGCGCGGGUUAACGAGGCCGCCGCCAUCUUUGCUCGGCGGCCGCUUAAACAAGCAGCUCACACGCCGCCAGUCCGGCAGCUCCGUGACCUUCGACUGACAUGAGGCGAGCGCAGACCUCCAUUAGUGAGAUUAAUGUGCUGUAUCGGCCUUAAUGUACUGCACUGAGAGGCCGCGCGUGGAGCCUCUUCAUCUCACACCGUUAUGCAACUUAUUAAGUCAACAAAAAGCCCUGUGGUGUCGAUUUGGCAGCUCUGCCGCCAGUUGAAACGUUUUUUAUAACGGCCCCGUCGUAACCUGACAGAAUAUUGUAGGUUUAUGAUACAAUACACUUGAUGGACAGAACACGAAUGAGGACAGAAGAGGACUGAAAAAACUGAACGUGUGAGUGCGGAGAAACAGAAAGGACUGCAACUGAUUACUUUUUAAAGAAUAGUAGAUGAGAAAAGAAAGUAUAUUUUAUUAUUGUUUUUCAUUCUCUGUUUUCUAUGUUUUAUACGUGAGUAUUACGGUGUAUUCUUUUGAUAAACUAGUCUUCGACAA